CUGGCCGGGCUGAAGACGUUGGAUGUCUCGAACAACAAGCUUUCUGAAAUCCCAGCGGAGCUGGCUGACUGCCCGAAACUGAAGGAUGUCAACUUGAAAGGCAACGCCCUCAAGGACAAACGGCUGGAGAAGAUGGUGAACGGCUGCCAGACCAAAUCGAUCCUGGAGUAUCUGCGGGGCAGGGGCCGAGGGAGAAGCAAGCAGGAUGGCACCGAGAGGGAAGAGAUGAGGAAAAAGAAGCGUGAGAAGAACAAGAAGAAAGGAGGCAGCGAUGAUGACGUGGAAGAUGCCCAAAAACCGUCGGUGAAAAUUCUUCACGUCUCCGAGAACCCAGCGCCAUUGGUUGUAAAAGCCAGCCCCAGUGCUAGAGACGUCCGCCCUUACAUCGUAUGCUGCGUAGUGAAGGGCAUGGAUUUCAACACAGGCAAUGCUCUGAAGAGGUUCAUUUCAGCUCAGACAAAACUCCACGAGGACCUCUGUGAGAAACGAACAGCCGCCACCAUUGCGACGCAUGACCUGCAGCUGGUGAAAGGACCGCUCCUCUACGAAGCCCGGGCCCCCGAGGAGUUAAAGAUCAUCCCGCUGGGCCGGAAGGAAGUCAAGGCCAAGGACCUGCUUCGGCAGCUGCAGGCAGAAGCUGAGGAGCAGAGGAAGCAGAAAAAGCGGCAAAAUAUCUCUGGACUGUACAAGUACCUUCAGUUACUGAGUGGGAAAGAGAACUAUCCCUGCAUCGUCGAUUCCGAAGGCGCCGUCAUCUCCUUCCCCCCUAUCACCAACAGCGAGAAAACAAAGCUUGGGAAAGCAACAUCCGAUCUGCUUCUGGAAGUGACCAGUGCCACCAGCCUGCAGCUGUGUAAAGACGUGAUGGAUGCCCUCGUCCUGAAAAUGGCAGAGCUCCAGAGGGUUACUCUGGAAACCAAAGGCAGGGAAGCUUGCUCUGAUCACGAAUCCGGCGAGAUUCUUCAACCUGAAAUCUCAGGGCCCGAGGGCCGCUCCCCAGGGGCCCCUCUGCUCUUGGAACAGGUUCGGAUUGUGGACAUGGAAGGGAACCUAAAAGUCCUUUAUCCUUCAAAAACGGAUCUCCAGACAUCUCUCCUGACCAUCGUGCAUUAAGCGCCGUGGGUUUCCUCUUCUGGUUGCAAAAUGCGUGGCCCUCUCGGUGUCGCAGAAGCUGCCAUUUGCAACUUCAUUUUUUAGAGACACGGGGAGAUCCGCGCUCUGCUUGUUUGCUGGUAACGGGAAGCAUUGAGUUGUUUUCAGUCGCAUGAAUUGGAGGCCCCGAGAGAGAUUCAGAAGCUCCGCUUGCUCGCCCCCCCCCACUCAGGCCUGGGUUUAGCCUGGAUCCCCUGCAAAUGAAGGCGCUCAGGAGUGGUCGCUUUAACAGGCGGACUAACCCCUGUGCUGCGGACGUAACCCUGCUCGGUUGCAUGGCUGCGUUCCUUCCUCGGGGAGGAGGCAGGCUGUUGGGCUCACCUGGUGCAGGUGAAGCAGGUGGCUGCACCCGAUCGGGAGGUGGCCCCAGGGACAAAUCACUGGCAGGUGGAGAUGGGCGUCCCCGUGUCAUCCUUUCUCUCCCCCUCCCUCUCACGCGGCUUCUCCAGGAGAAUGGGGGGGCUUGGCACUGUGACUCGGGCGGGGUGUCCCCAAAGGCCUGCAACCCUGCACUCCCUCCCUCCCCAAACACUUCCAGGACAGACUGACAGUAACCAUCGUUCCUCUUUCACGCAUUCUUGCCCCCCCGCCGCCCCCGUGAAGCUAGCGAAGCAGCAGCGCCUGCAUUCCCGGCUUGCAGAGAAACCGACCUUUCCUUCAGGGCAGCGCAAAGGGGGGGCCGUUUUUGAAAUCAGAGUUCCCUACCCCCUCCCAAAACACCCCUGAUGCUAAGGCAUUGGGGAGCAGCAAGGCUAGGAAAACUUUACGGGAAAUUAAAGCUGUCCGAAUCUCCGGCUUUUAGAUGCCGGAAAAAAGA